UAAAUUCAUUAUUUUCUGCUAAUCUCAAACAUAUGUUCCAAAAUUUCAAAAGCAAACCUAGGAAAGUAGAGAGGAAGAAAGACAGUGCUUCAAUAGUAUAGUUAGAAGUCUUGGGAGAUAAGGUGAGGGAGAAAGCAUCAAGCAGUGAAGCUCCUGCCAUGGCUACUAGCAGCACCCUUGACUCCAGUGAUUCAUCACUGCCCAGCCAAAGAUUAGUAGGGAAAGUGGCGUUGGUUACUGGUGGAGCAUCUGGCAUUGGUGAGAGCAUUGUGCGACUAUUUCACAAGCAUGGUGCCAAAGUCUGUAUAGUCGAUGUGCAAGACAAUCUUGGCCAGAAAGUCUGUGAAUCCCUUGGUGAUGCCCCAAAUGUUUGCUUUUUCCAUUGUGAUGUGACAAUAGAAGAAGAAGUUCGCUCUGCAGUUGACUUUGCAGUCGAAAAGUUUGGGACGCUCGAUAUUAUGGUCAACAACGCUGGAUUAUCAGGUCCACCAUAUCAUGAUAUCCGUAACUAUGAUUUAUCAGAUUUCCAGAAGGUGAUGGAUGUGAAUGUGAAGGGUGUUUUCCUGGGAAUGAAGCAUGCUGCUAGGAUUAUGAUCCCUCAUGAAAAGGGUUCCAUCGUUUCUGUCUGUAGUGUUGCUGGUGUGAUUGGGGGUCUAGGACCACAUGCAUAUACAGGGUCCAAACAUGCUGUUUUAGGCCUUAACAGGAAUGUUGCAGCUGAGCUAGGAAAAUAUGGGAUACGUGUGAAUUGCGUUUCACCGUAUGGAGUUCCAACGGGCUUGUCUUUACGUCACUUGCCUGAGGAUGAAAGAACCGAAGAUGCCCUAGUCGGUUUUCGUGCUUUUGUUGCCAAAUCUGCUAACUUGAAUGGGGUGGACUUGACUGCUGACCAUGUGGCGAAUGCUGUUCUCUUCUUAGCUAGUGAUGAAGCUGGAUACAUAAGUGGAGACAAUCUGAUGGUAGAUGGUGGCUUUACAUGUGUGAACCACUCAAUGCGUGUCUUUCGAUGAACAAUACUGAAAUUCAAAUAUGAAUUCUACAGUUUCAUUAGUUUAGCUGGCCUAGGCCUUAGCUUUUUCUGUUGAGAAUAAUGCUUGCAUAGCUUGCUGUUUGUGUAUGUGUGCCUUGCUGAUUAUUUGAAUUAAGACAUGCAGUUACUUGUAGUUAUUACAUGUAAACUGUUUUUAAACUUCCUUUAACACUUAUAAUCCAUGUCUUAACACUUGAAUCCAUGUCUUGACAAGUGUUAUGCGUGUAACUACUUUUUUUGUGUAUAAAUAAGGGUGUCUCAUGUGAAUAAAAUGUGCCUUUCAUCAGAACAA